UUUACUCACAUUUUGUAUUCUUUGUUGCCAAACGCGGCGUUGGAUUAUUUUGCAAAAUUCACUGGUCUCAAAGAGAGCAAGCACCCUCUCAGUCUCAACUAUCUCUACCAUCUCUCCUUCCCAAUCCAAACCAUGGCCUCUGUUUCACAAUCCCCAUGGUAUUGCACUGCACGACCCACCAACUUUAAUCUCUCUCCAACCAAAUCAAAACCCAGAAGCCUCUCAUACAAGACCCUCAAAGUCUCCUCAUCUUCUUCUUCCAACUCAGAACCCUCAGCACCCAACUCAUCAAAUCCACCUGAAAACUCUUCUGAAGCAGAAGCCCGAAUAAAGCUCGCUUUUUCCAAAGCCAAGGCGUAUAAAGAAUUGGUGAAAUCGAACCCGACUCCAAAAAUUGUUCAAAACCCAGUUUCUGAAUAUACUGAUACAGGAAGUGGAAAUGGUGGGUUGAGUGAGGAGGUGCCUCUUUCUGUUAGGAUUUUGAUGGAGAAAGCAAAGGAGUAUGAGAUAAAGCAAGAUGUCUUUGUAGGUGGUGAUGGUAUAGGUGAAAAGAGUGAAGCUUUUUCAGUGCUGGAGAAUCUGCCGCAUUCAGGUACCAGAAAAGAUGGAUUCGUUUCAGAAUUUACUCCGGUUAACAAUCAAGAGGUAACACCUUCUCUAAAACUGGCAAUGGAGAAAGCAAAAGAGUAUAAGAAGAACAAAGGAGUUACGGGUAGUGGCAAACUUGUGGAAGAUAGUCAAACAAUUUCAGGAUUGAAGGGAGGAGAUGGGUCUGAGAAGAUAGUUGCUAAAAAGGAAGAUCCAAAAAUUUCAAGCAUUGAUUUUAUAGGGCUUGAUUUUGCAGACAAGAAGAAGAGUAGAGGACUUCCAGCUGGGUUGAAUCCAAUCACUGAUCCUUUUCAAGAAGGGGAUUUUCCUGAGGUAGAGAUACUUGUUGGGGAUCCUAGCAAAUUUGGAACAACUACAGUGUCCCAGCCAAAGUCAGCUGAGGACGGCAAUCCAGUGGUUUAUGAGCCGAAGCUUUCUACGUGGGGAGCUUCUCUAAAGACAACUGAGGAAGACGAUCUUGAUAUUUAUAAGCCAAACGUUUCUACAUGGGGAGGUUCUCCUAGUUAUAAGAACAUUUCAAAAACAGAAGGGGAUUUUCCUGAGGUAGAGAUACUUGUUGGGGAUCCUAGCAAAUUUGGAACAGGUAGGGUGUCCCAGCCAAAGUCAGCUGAGGAAGACAAUCAUGUGGUUUACAAGCCAAAGGUUUCUACAUGGGGAGCUUCUCCUAGUCCUAGAAACAUUUCGGAAACAAAGGAAAAUUUUCCUGAGGUGGAGAUACUUGUUAGGGACCCCAGCAAAUUUGGAGCAGUCAGGGGGUCCAAUCCAAGGACACUUGAGGAAGACGAUCCUGAUGUUUACAAGCCAAAAGUUUCUACAUGGGGAGGUUCUCCUAGUCAUAGGAACAUUUCAAAAACAAAAGAGGAUUUUCCUGAGGUAGAGAUACUUGUUGGGGAUCCUAGCAAAUUUGGAACUGGUAGGGUGUCCCAGCCAAAGUCAGCUGAGGAAGACAAUCAUGUGGUUUACAAGCCGAAGGUUUCUACAUGGGGAGCUUCUCCUAGUCCUAGAAACAUUUCGGAAACAGAUGAAAAUUUUCCUGAGGUGGAGAUACUUGUUGGGGAUCCUAGCAAAUUUGGAGCAGUCAGGGGGUCCAAUCCAAAGACAACUGAGGAAGACAAUCCUGAUGUUUACAAGCCAAAAGUUUCUACAUGGGGAGGUUCUCCUAGUCAUAGGAACAUUUCAAAAACAAAAGGUGAUUUUCCCGAGGUAGAGAUACUUGUUGGGGAUCCUAGCAAAUUUGGAACACGUAGGGUGUCCCAGCCGAAGUCAGCUGAGGAAAACAAUAAUGUGGUUUACAAGCCGAAGGUUUCUACACGGGGAGCUUCUCCUAGUCCUAGAAACAUUUCGGAAACGGAGGAAAAUUUUCCUGAGGUGGAGAUAUUUGUUGGGGAUCCUAGCAAAUUUGGAGCAGUUAGGGGGUCCAAUCCAAAGACAAUUGAGGUAAACGAUCUUGAUGUUUACAAGCCAAAAGUUUCUACAUGGGGAGGUUCUCCUAGUCAUAGGAACAUUUCAAAAACAAAAGGUGAUUUUCCCGAGGUAGAGAUACUUGUUGCGGAUCCUAGCAAAUUUGGAUCAACAACGUUGUCUGAGUCAAAGUCAACCGAGGAAGACGAUCCUGAUGUUUACGAGCCAAAGUAUUCGACAUGGGGAGCUUCCCCUGGUACUAGAAACAUUUCGAAAAUAGAAGGGGAUUUUCCUGAUGUAGAGAUACUUGUUGGGGAUCCUAGCAAAUGUGGAAAAUCUAAGGUGUCCAAGCCAAAGACAACUGAGGAAGACGAUUAUGAGGUUUACAAGCCGGAGGUUCCGACAUUGGGAGCUUCCCCUAGUCCUACAAACAUUUUGAAAACAAAAGGGGACUUUCCUGAGGCAGAGAUACUCGUUGGGAGCCGUACUAAAUUUGGAACAGUGACGGUGUCCAAACCAAAAACAACUGAGGAAGACGAUCCGGAUAUUUACAUUCCAAAGGUUUCUUCAUGGGGAGUCUUCCCUAGACCUAGAAACAUUUCAAAAGCAUAUGGUGGUGGAAGAACUAUUCGCCCAGGAGAGGUGCUGGAAACAGCAGAAGUUCAAGCUGCUAAAGAUGCGCGUACAAGAGAACUAGUUGCUGCAUACAGGAGAAAAAGGGAUUCAAGCAUUGAUCCUAAGUUAAAAUCAGAAUGCGAGGAGGCUUUGAAGGAUGGUGACUCGUUGAUGGAUAUUGGAAAGCUCAAGGAAGCCUUACCAUUUUACGAAGCAGUCAUGGAUAAGAUAACGUUUCAGACUGAACUUCAUGGGUUAGCUGCUUUGCACUGGGCUAUUUGUCAGGAUUCACUCACUAGGCACAAAGAGGCUAGGAUCAUGUAUUUGAAGCUUAAGUCCCACUCUAAUGUAAAUGUGAAAAGGACGGCAAAGCAUUUCUCAUUUAGCUUCGAGGCCAUGGCAAUGAUGAACGUUAAGAGCACAACUCUGGCUCCAAUAAACCUGGGUUACCAAAAUUAUUUUGAAGCUUUUGCUGAAGAUAAAGCCGACUACUCUCCAAAAGAUGCUGAAGUUGAAGAAGGUGCACUGAACCAAGUCCUCCCCUACAUGUUUUUUCUUGUUUCUCCUAUCUUUAUUGUCCUACUUAUCGCUUUGCAAAAGAGGAUAUAAUUCGAAAAUCAAACACUGCAGUUGGAGAAAUUGAAAUUUUAGUUCCUUCAAAAUGUAUAUUGGUCCUUACCCUUUUUUAACAUGCCAUUCUUUAUUAAAGGGCAGAUUGAAUGCAUAGUAGCUUCACUAUGAA